AUGACUACAAGAUCAUUCCCUUCUUUAUUUGAUAUGAGCACCCUGGAGCAGCAGCCUCAGGGUGUUGACGGCUCCCAGUCCCAUGAACCAAUCGUUGGCGAAUUGAUGUUUGACAAAUUUGCUAAGUCCCAACCUCGCCAUCAAUCAUUUGCAACCCCUGUGGUCAAGUCCGAGUUUGAGUCUCCGAUCUUGGAUGUAGCUUCGCAAGCUGCCCAUGAAGAUCCUGCUUCUAGCCAGAGUGAUUUGGAUCAAUUUUUCGCCUCCAGUGCCGACUCCACCCCUCUAUUUGGAUUGGAGGAUGUAGAAUCAGAUCCGCAGACGUGGACCUCUCUCUUUGACGAUGAUAUAUCUGUUAGCGUCUCUGAUCCCGUCCACGUGGAAUCUCGCGAGGCACAGACCUCGUUGUCGAUCCCGACCGACGAGUUUUUUGAGGCUGCUCCAGAGCCUGUAACGAUUAUUGAUCAAAGAUCAUUCUUGCCCACCCCUGUCAUCGAGGAUGCCAAAAUUCCAGUAUACGGCAAAAAAUCUGCAUCCAGUGGUGCUAUUCAAAAGCCAAAGCAUCUGGAUCAGCUAGGCUUAGCUUCUUACAACCGUAAGAACCGUGCUACACCUUUAACCCCCGUUAUUCCUGAAUCUGACGACCCUGUUACUGUCAAACGUGCAAAGAACACGGAGGCUGCUAGACGUUCUCGUGCUAGAAAGCUCCAAAGGAUGAACCAGUUGGAGGAUACUGUUGAGGAGUUACUGAAGAAGAACACUCAGCUGGAACACGAGGUUGCUACAUUGAGGUCGCUUCUGGGAAGUCAAGGUUAA